AUGGCUCCCUGCCCCAAAAUCGGACCAAAGAAGAUCGCGAGCCUCGUCAGCGCGUCAGCAGUCGCCAAGAAAUCGCAUGGUAAGUCUAUAUAGUUGAAUCCGACAAAAAAAACGCGAACCAUUUUUCAGGCGCACCCACGUCAAGCGAGCAACAUCCGUCGUUGAACGGAGAGGAACGCGCGGAGCUGCGUAAACUCGCCGCGAUGCUUCCGAGCUCUUCGCCGAGCAACUGCGACGCGUCGGAUGUUGUGCUCCGCGCCGCCACCUACAUUGACCAGUUGGUGGCCACAGUGCAGGCGAGAGUCAAGAACGGCACACUUCCAGUCGGUUAGUCAUUACUUUUUUUGUCCCUAGCUUGUCCCUAGCUAGUCCCUAGCUUGUCCCUAGCUAGUCCCUAGCUAGUCCCUAGCUAGUCCCUAGUCCCUAGCUUAGUUUCCAUGGCCUUCAUUCUUAGUUCUUUGUGAGUUCAAGAUUGAUUGAAACUAAAUCCCAAAGAUAAUUUGCUUAGCUAGCUUAAAAUCACAAUCUCUGCAUUUCCAGAAGCCCUCAACAACCUGCCGCCAGCCUACGUUGCCGCUAGAAAUCGGAGAACGACCACCGGUGCCAACAAGAAGCCAAGACGGUCUGUGGAGAAGAAGCGAUGA